AUGAACCUUAUUGAUACUGAAAAUCCGACUAUUGUUCUUAUGGCUAUUGAUCUUCAUAAGAUCAAGUAUGUGGCUAAUAUGACAAACGAGGAGUAUCCUGUUCGUUGCUCUUAUGACGAGCCUACUCUUUAUGGUAUUGUUAAAGGAUACAAGAAUACCGAAGAUUUUGAUCAGGAGGGUUGGUGGUCGAUUGAGACUAAUGUGGUCCCUGGAGAGAGUGUUUAUCUGCGUAUUCCUCUCAUUGCCAAUAACACUAAUGCCAACUAUGCUGGUAUUGCUGCUUAUGCCUUCUCUAUUUUGUAUGAUGGACCUAUUCCUACUACUGAGGCCCCCGUCACUGAGGUUCCUACCACUGAGGCUCCUACUACUGAGGCUCCUACUACUGAAGCUCCCACUACUGAAGCUCCCACUACUGAAGCUCCUACUACUGAAGCUCCUACUACUGAAGCUCCCACUACUGAGGCUCCCACUACGGAAGCUCCCACUACUGAGGCUCCUACCACUGAAGCUCCUACCACUGAAGCUCCUACCACUGAAGCUCCUACCACUGAAGCUCCUACCACUGAGGCUCCUACCACUGAGGCUCCUACCACUGUUGUUCCAACAAAUUUGGUUAACUAUGAAGUGUUGACUUGUCUUGACUUGAAUACUUUGAUGGAGUAUGAGGAAGGUGGUAAUAAUGGAUACAUUGGUUCUAUUGUGGUUGCUAUGCUUGAUAACCAGGUGUGUGACGAUUACGUAGAGUUGGAUUUCACCAGAUAUUUCUGGAUGAAAUCCCUUAGUGUCACGGCCACAUCCGACACAGUUUUCCCCAACUUGAAGCGUGUUAUUGUUGGAAAUGAAAAAUUGACAGAGGUUACAUUCGAAGGCAUUGGUAACCAACUUAUUGAAGAAGUCAUUGAAGGUUCUGCGUUGGUGUUCAAGAAGUCUAUCAAUUUGGAGAAGAUUACCAUUAAUACGUAUACCUUCCAGCAUUUCGAAAACUUCACUCUUGGAGAGAAUCCUGAGGAGAAUGAAGAAAACUUCCCUAAGUUGAAGAGCAUCACAUUCGGAAGUACUAAUUUCAAGCAGGGUACCUUCAGUUUCUGGAAGUCCACACAGCCUUUCGUUCUGGUCAACCUUCCUUCUCUGGAGGAAGUUGUCGUGGGAACGCAAGCAUUCUACCUUACUAAUACUGUGGUGCUUGAGAACUUGCCCAAACUUAAGAGCCUCUAUGUUAACAAGGAUGCUUUCUAUGGUAGUCUUGCUAGUGCUGAAUUGACUAUGUUGAAUGUGGGUACGGAGUACUACAGCACUGAGCUGAAGAAGACACAGAUGACUGUGCGUACGAAUACUUUCAAUUCUCAUUUUAAUGUGUAUUUGAAGGAUACUCCUGUUGCUAUUGAGUUCACUCUUACUCCUGGCUCUGAAACGGAAACCACUUUCACUUCGCUGCAGCAUAUUUACUACACUUUCAGCGGUGAAUGGGAGACUCUUACUCGUGAGUUUGCUGAAGGAAUUGUCACUGUGGCUAAGAAGGAUAAUAGUAUUAUUGAGCCUUGGGUGCAGCCUUAAGAACCAUCUCUCCAAGUAAUGACGACAUUCUAACUGUGUGAA